AUGACUCGACGUAAUUACGACAGUAGUUACUCAUCUUUUGAUCGUCACGAGCAGAGAGACUAUCGUUCGGAUUCCAAACGAUCCUGUUCCCGUCGCGAUGAAGAAGAAAUGUACGUUCCGGAUACAGUUGUUGGGAAGAUCAUCGGUCGAGGCGGUGCCAAAAUCCGCGAAUUGCAAGACGAAACGAAAUGCCGUCUCAAUAUAGAUCGGGAUCGUUCGAAUCGUAAUGGAGAAGUGUUGGUGAGAAUCGUGGGAGAUGAACAUGAUCGGAGGAAGGCAGUGGCGAAAAUUGAGGAGAUUAUCGAAGAAAGUGCUCCGAAGCCGCCGCCUGUCGCGGAUUCCGAUGAUGGCGAAGACGUGAAGAUUGACUGGGGAAGAAUUGCCGUGGAAGAGAAGAUUUAUGAGAAGAAGCGUUGGGCUGGGAAGUCGGAAGUGUUGAAGAUGUUCUACGUGGAGGCGGAGUCGGUGGCCAGUGCGAGUAAGGAGUCGGUAACUGAUUCUGAGCAAAAGGAAACCGAAGAAGCGCCGAACCCAGUACGCACAUUUGAAGAUGCGUUUGCAUCUUAUCCGGAAGUAUUGGAGCAGAUUCGAAAGCAAGGCUUCCUCAAACCUUCCCCCAUUCAGUGUCAAGCUUGGCCCGUUUUAUUGUCGGGUCGAGACAUGAUAGGAGUUGCUCAAACGGGAACUGGGAAAACAUUGGCAUUCCUUCUUCCUGCAUUGAUUCAUAUAGAAGGCCAGUCUACUCCCCGAAGUCAGCGAGUUGGUCCCUCAGCCAUCGUCAUUGCACCAACUCGAGAACUCGCCAUUCAGAUAGAUUCAGAAGUUCAAAAGUAUUCGUACCGCAAUAUCAAGAGCGCGGUCGUCAUUGGUGGAACAGCGAGAUACAAUCAAGUGGAAAAUCUCGCAGGGGUCGAACUUUUGAUUGCGACCCCGGGAAGACUGUGUGACUUGGUGUUCACCGAACGGGGACCGAAUCUCGACAUAACGAACGUGACCUACUUGGUGUUGGACGAGGCUGACCGAAUGCUCGACAUGGGUUUCGAAGGGGAAAUCCGGAAGGUGUUUUUGAACGUGAGGCCUGACAAGCAGAUGGUCAUGACGAGUGCAACUUGGCCUCAGGGCGUUCGGCGGUUGGCCAGCUCUUAUAUGAAGAACCCUUUGAUGGUUUACAUUGGGUCACUCGAUCUUCACGCCUGUUUCACUGUCGAACAAAAAAUCACUAUCGUCGAAGAAGAUGAGAAGGAGGAUUUUCUGAAUGACUUUCUGAACGAGCGUUCCCGCACGGACAAGACAAUCGUGUUUUUCGGGCGUAAGAAUACAGUGAACCACAUGGCGUCGAACGUGGCGCUUCGUGGUGUCCCGAUCCGGGUUCUACACAGUGGUCAUUCCCAGGAGGACCGGGAAUCCGCUCUGAAAUCUUUUCGGUGUGGGGAAGAACGGAUCUUGUUUGCCACGGACCUGGCUUCACGAGGGAUUGACGUGGUGGACAUUACACACGUGCUCAACUUUGACUUCCCCAAGGACAUUGAAGAAUACGUGCAUAGAGUUGGAAGGACCGGAAGAGCUGGACGCACUGGCUGUGCCAUGACAUUUAUGACUCGCCGGGACUGGCGUCAUGCCAAAGAGCUCAUAAAGAUCCUCGAGAGCGCUGAGCAAGAAGUACCCAAAGGUCUCCUUGAGAUGGCGGAACGAUUUGAGAAAAUGCAGGAUCGAAAUCAGCGUGAAGGUGGAAGGUUCGGGGGUGGCAGAGGCCGGGGCCGUGGUUGGGGUGGCGGGAACGGCCACCGAAAUUCCCGAUAUUGAUCAUCAAUAUUCGGAUUUCAUUAACUUUGUGAAUCCGGACCAAACAAUUUUUGGUUUCUGCGGGUUUGCAGCAUGACAAUUGCGAGAGUUGCGUUUUCUUUGUUUCAAUGAGAGGAUUGAUGUUGUGAUAAGUUUUUGAAGUGCAUUUCAACUUUCAUCGUGGAAAUACGCUGUCUUUUCACGCUGAUCUCACUUAGACAAAGACCCGCGAAAGCGGUGGUAUUCUAUUUUCAUUUUUGGGCUCUGCGAAUCAUGUUCAGGCCUUUGUGAAUUAGGAUGAUUUCUGGCUACACAUUUUGAGCAAGUUUUUCGACUGUCUAACACGAUAACCAGUUUAAUUUUUAACCAUUCGUGAACCCAAAAGUGGAAGGUGAUUCACGCCGAUGCUUUACUAAAUUUUGAACACUCAACUGUGCAAUUGGGGGAAAAAGAGAAGGUUAGGGAAGAACUGAUUAUUCCACCACCCUUAGACACUGUUCAAAUAUGCGUUCAAAAGUCACAGAAGGAUUCACUUUUCGUGAUUUUUAUUUUUGGCCCACGUGUGAGAUGUAUUUCCUCAAUUACUCGCUGUUGCAAUUAAUUAAAAUGAAGCAUUUCGCGAAUGUAUUUUCUGGCGGCAUCAUUAUUUUUGCAUUAAUUUUUCGUAAAAAUCAUACUAAUAAUUAACUUGCUGGAGCUGGAUCGCCAGAUAUCAUCUAUUAGAGACGGAUAUUUCCAAAAUGCCUCUCGUAUCCAA